AAACUUAUUUAAAAUACUCAGAAAUUACAGCUAAUACAACAAAUUAAAAUGAUGGCCAAAACUUAAAAAAUUUAAAGUGAAAAGGAAAGCAAGAGAACAUAAGAACAAUAAAAGUUGAUCAAAUAAUAAUAAACCUAAAAUUUGAAAAUCAAGUAAUUUGAAUUAGAAAGACAAAUACAAUAAUAAAGAGAAUCUGAACUUAUUAAAAAUUUUGCCAGAUAGAAAAAACUCAAAUAAGAAAGAGCAAAAUCAUUAUUUAAGAUGAAAAUUAGAUAAAAAUCAAAUGAAGAACUCAGAAACAAGAAUUAUUCAUAAUUAUUAGAAGUUGAAUGCCAUAAAAGAAUAUAAACAGAAUAAUCUAUUCGUAAACUUGAAUAAAAGGAGUAGUUAUUAGUAAACUUUCUUUAAACUUCAUAAUAGUUGAGCUCAACAUACUCUCGCCAAUUAGUAUUAUUAUUUUCUAUUAUAGGUUCCAAGAAACAUUACUAAAAUUAGAGCAAAAUCAUACUAUUUAUAAUGA